CUUCUUAUAAUGAAGUCGUUUACGUAUUUGCUUUUUACAUUAAUUUUUGGCUCACAUUUGCUCCUGGCGCUGAGCUAUGACUGUUCAGAUGCAAAGGUAAAUCGUGGCGAAAAAUUCCAAAUACUGGGUGAAUGUCGCCAGUAUACUUGUAUAGGACAUGAAUCCUUUGUUGCCUUGGUCUGCCCCGAUGUAGCCAAUUGUAAUAAAGAGCCGGAUAUAACCAAACUAUAUCCUCAAUGUUGUCCAAGAUGCUAAAAAUCAAGUUGAUUAUUAUAAGCAUCACUUUGGAUGAUAAAUAUUCAACGGCAAUAUAAAUAAAUCAAAUGUCUGUUUACAA